AUGGCGUCUUGCUCUGAACCUGUGAAAGGUGUGUUGGAUCCUGAAGUGGCCGAGGCCAUGGCGCUCCGUCGAGCUGUCCGUUUGUCGAGGGAGGAAGGCUUUGCUGAUGUGUUUUUCAAGUCAAACUGCCUCUCAGUGGUGCAACGCAUGAAAUCUCCAGUCUUGGAUCGUUCCAUGGUGGGAUCUGUUUUGGCUGAGGCCAGGGAAGUGGCAAAUGGUCUCCACUCUGUGUCGUUCUUGCAUGGAGAGCAGCGCCCGUGUAAAAAAAAAGGCCGUGGCAGCCACCCCGUCCACGUGGCGCCCAACUGCUGGGCCAGCAGAUCGAUUUCCCAUCCAACACCGGCGCACUGCACCCGGGAGGCGCGAACGCAAGCCACAAACGAACGACGCGCCCCCAUUCUUCUACCGGGCGCCAUGGCCGCCGCCGCACUAGCAACGCCUACAGGCCUCCUCAAGCUCCCUCCUUCUUACGAGCCACCUUCUUCCCCGUCCUUUGGCACCACCUACGGACGGCACUCGCGGAGACGGCCUCGCCUUUGCCGCCGCGGAGCCCCGCUGCUCGCGGUGGCGGCUGGGGAGGUGUCGUACACUGAGCCGGAGGAGGCGCUGCUGGAGGCCCUCGUCGGCGUACAGGGCCGUGGCCGUGCAGUCGCGCCGCGCCAGCUCCAGGAGGUGGAAAGCGCAGUGCAGACUCUGGAGGCGCUGGAAGGUGUGCCCGAUCCGACCAAUUCAAGUUUAAUUGAAGGUAGCUGGAAGCUCAUAUUCACUACAAGACCAGGGACGGCAUCCCCCAUUCAGAGGACAUUCGUUGGAGUUGACUCUUUCAGCGUCUUUCAGGAAGUUUACCUUAGAACAGAUGAUCCAAGGGUGGUCAACGUUGUCAGGUUUUCAGAAACAGUUGGUGAACUGGCAGUACAGGCAGAAGCAACUAUCAACGAUGGGAAGCGCAUUCUCUUCCGUUUUGACCGAGCAGCAUUCGCCUUCAAGUUCUUGCCAUUUAAGGUUCCGUAUCCGGUGCCAUUCAGGCUUCUUGGGGAUGAAGCAAAGGGUUGGCUUGACACUACAUACUUAUCUCGUAGUGGUAACAUACGUAUUUCAAGGGGAAACAAGGGAACCACAUUUGUUCUCCAGAAAAGUGCAGACCCAAGGCAAAUGUUGUUGUCAGCUAUAUCUGCAGGAACCGGAGUAAAAGAGGCUAUAGAUGAUCUUACUUCAAGCAAAAAAGGGGUUGUGGUUGAUAUGAACACCCUAGCGGGAGAAUGGCAACUGUUGUGGGCUUCACAGAGUGAGAGUGGAGGUGGAAGCUGGUCAUCUGUUGCAUCUGCCGGUCUCAAGGAUUUCCAGACCAUAAAGGAAGAUGGGCAACUGAAGAAUUUGGUGAACCCCUUUCCAGGUGUCAGCCUCAGUGCAAGAGGCAACAUAUGCAAAACUGGGAACAAUACCUUCGGCGUGUCCAUGAAUGAAGGCGUUACUCAAGUUGGUGGUGUACAGUUUCCCUUGGAAACUGGAGGAGAGUUUGUCAUGGAGAUCUUGUACAUUGACAAUAAGAUAAGAAUAUCUAGCCUCAACCAGCACAAGCUUGUUCAUUUACGCAUUGUAAAUAAAACAUAAAUGGCCAAAUUGCUUGAGCUUAUUACUGUAGAUUGUUGUAUAUACCACAGUACUUAGAUUGAUGAAAUUAUGCAUCUGCGCAUAUUUACGAUCAUGCAAAUUUUGAGUUCUUUAUUAUUGGGAAACUGUACUUUAAUGUAAUAUAAGAGAUUUCUCAAAUCA